CGAUUGGCUAUGGCUGCAGCGAGCGUGGCGGGCUACGAGUCCAGGCAAACGUUGCAAAACUUCAGUGUUGGGACGAUGAGUGCAAAAGACAAGCCCGUGCUCUAUGGCUACUUCAGGAGUUCCUGCUCUUGGCGAGUAAGGAUCGCGUUUGCCCUGAAAGGUAUUGAAUAUGACCAGUUCCCAGUGAAUCUGAUCAAAGAUGGAGGACAGCAGCUGACUGAUCAAUAUAGAAAAAUAAACCCCAUGCAGCAAGUGCCUGCUGUCUGCAUUGAUGGAAUCAUCAUCUCCCAGUCGCUUACAAUUAUUCAGUAUAUUGAAGAGACCAGACCUGGUCCACAUCUUCUUCCUCAGAACCCCAAAAAGAGAGCACAAGUACGAAUGAUCUGUGAUCUUAUCACCUCAGGCAUUCAGCCACUUCAGAAUCUUCAUGUGCUGCAAAAGGUUGGUGGCGGAAAAGCAGAAUGGGCCAAGCAUUUCAUUGAACGAGGCUUUCAAGCUCUGGAACAAAUCCUGGUGCAGUCAGCUGGACAGUACUGUGUAGGAGACGAGAUAUCCAUGGCAGACAUAUGCCUGGUUCCUCAGGUUUACAAUGCUGCAAGGUUUAAGGUGGACAUGACUCCUUUUCCAACAAUAAAGAAGAUCAAUGACACUCUGCUUGAAGUUGAAGCUUUUAAAGCAAGUCACCCAUCUUGCCAGCCCGACACACCACCCGACCUCCAAUCAUGAAGGGAGCACAUGACCUUUGGUGUUGGCUAAUCCGGUGGUUUGCAUUGUGACGAGUUACCAGGAACAAUGAAGUACAAACCUGUGGUCUACAAUUCAAUAAACUUUAAUAGGUGACUGUGCCCAAGA